GCAGCACAGCCCCGGUACCGGCAGCCAUACUGUCUCUUUGGACCCGUCGACACUACGGAUCCCAGCACCGGUCUCCAUCCACGUUUCAAGURUCAAGAUGAAGAUUGAUACCAGCCUGACUAUUCCCCAGCCUCCAGAGGCCCUGUCACAGGCUGGCCUUCAGUUUGAUGAAGCAACUGAGGAGGACUUCGAUGAAAUUAUGGCAAUGAGUCAGGACAUCUAUGGAGGCCUGGACUACCUUCCAACCAGAUACACUAGCUGGCUUCAAGAGACUAACCGCACAGUUAUAGUGGCCCGCAAAGAGGGGAAAGUGAUUGCCCUGGAGUCAGUUUGUGUGAUUGAUGAUGGUGAGACCAUGCUGGUGGAGGGUCUCCGUGUCGCCCCUGAGGAAAGGGGGAAGGGCGUGGCAGGUGUUUUGCUGCGCUUUUGCUCUGAGCUGGUAAAGUCUAAAUUUCCAGAGGUAAAAGUAACCCGCUUGACCCGUGAUGAUCCACUUGGACCCAAGGACUUUCAAAAGUAUCGUGUCAUAACAAAGCAGGGAAUUCUGCUGGUGCGUUUCAAAGCUGAAGAACUCAAGCUGCGACUUUCCAAUUUGAUUUCACACGAGGGCAUCUUUUCCUCCUUAUCCAGUCCUUCUGCUGUGCGUCUUGAUCAUAAAUCCAUUCAUCAGCUUUAUCUAACUACUGACUUAAUGCAUGGGGUUCUUCCUAAUGCCACCGUCAUUCAAGACUGGCAGCCUUUCAAGCUUCUGCCCAGUAACUUUGCCAUCCUACUAAAGAAGAACAUCGACUGGAUGGUGGACGAUGAAUCCAACCCCACAGUGGCCAGCCUCUGCACUUUCCCUUUCAAGGUUCCCAUCGGAGAUGACUGGUAUUACCUGAACAUUGACAUGUUUGGUAAAGACCUGAGCUUGGUUCAGCAGCAGUUGUUGUGCCACCUGCAGUGCCACAUGGCCACCUUGAAGGGCCACGUGAUGUGCCAGAUAUUCCUGGAUCAAGCACUUUGGAAACCAAUGGCUGAUUUCUGCCACAACGCCUUGAACCUAGAGCUGGUUAAAGAGUACACUGAACAAUGUGUGGUGGAGUCAGAUGUCUAAUUACAGAAGGUGAAUGGUAAAGGAGUGAACACAUAACUGAAACACAGUAAACAGAAACAUGUUUAUUUUUUAAGAGAAAGACAYUUUAAAGUUAACAGUAAAAAAUGCAGUAUUUAACAGAAACAUUAAAAGAUCAAAACUCCAUGCAUUCUACUUCAGUAGUUCUAUUAACACUUAUUUCAUUUCAAAUGUACAGUGAGGACACUGGUGGAUAAUGAUUAGUCCUGUUGGUCACCAGUGCAAAUUUAUUUGAGAGAGAAAUACUUCUCCUAAAAAUCUUUUCAAAAUUAGGGAGUUUCAGGUUUUACUUUGACCAACACUGGAUCAAUAUUAGUAGACAGGAAUCAAGUGUAGUUUAAUUAUUCUAUUGUUUGCUUACCUUGAAUUAACUUGUCAUUAAAAUGAUUACAUGUAUGUUUUUAGUAUUAACUCUGGGCCCUAUUACCUGUAUGAUAUAAAGGUUUAAUAGGACUGCAAAGCUUUUUUUCCACUGGUAGCAAUAAUGCACUCUAGAAACAGUGCAAACAACAGGGACUUUUUGUUUUCUUUCAGAAAGAUUAGUCCCUUUACAGCAUUUUCAUACAUUUCAUAAAUUUUAUUAUUUUUGUAAAUACUGAASUUUAAAAACUGUACAGUGGCAGAGUUGGAUUACUGAGUCUGCACAACUUUAAAUGCACUUUAUUCAAUUUACAGUCAUGUUGUGUCCACUUUAACAUAACAAAUAAAAUCAAAUCAAUGAGAUCAUUUACAGAUUUAAUCAAUCUAAUGUUGAUAGAUGUUUCUGUAACUAUAAUUAGGACCAGCAGCUAACAUUUACAUACACAAUGAAAUGAUCUCACACUUAUUAUUCCAUACAGGGUCAGAUUUAUGUUUUUGUGUAUAACAUCAUUAAAUGUAUAAUAUAAUGUGUAUAAGUUAUUAAUUUGUUAUUUUCACUUGAAUCGUGCAAUAAUGUAUUUUUUUCAAGCUCUAAUUAAAACCUAAGUAUACUUUUGUAAA